AUGGUGGGGCUACAAAAGAGCAACAAACAGAACAAUGUCGACGAGGAGAAGAAGGCGCAUCCCCUUACCGUACAAGAGCUUUCCACGCUCAUGAAUGCCUUUGCAAGUCUGCAUCCCUUUCUUGGUGCCAUGCUGCGGCUCCUCUUGGCUGUUGGCUUUGUUGGAUGCUUUCACGUGAGCGAAGCCCUGGCGCUACGUUGGAACGACGUUCAACUCGUCACGGACAGCAAUGGACGAUACCUCUCCGUGCGCUUGCGUUGGCACAAGAAGGCGAGCGUAGAAGAGGACUCACAAGUGUAUCAUCUCGUCGACGAGAUGUCCUUUCCGUGCUUGCGUGAGUGCUUGUUCUACGAAGAGUACAUUUCGAAGAUCAGAACGUCCGGGCAGAACAUGGCGACGAAUACCUUCGUCUUCCUAAACUAUGCCGCAACGAAGGCGGAUGUCCCUCGGAUCGACUGUAGCCGCCCCCUUGACCAAAACGGUGUGGGCAAGACAAUUGGUGAUACUGUCGAACGAACGCCCGAUCUCCCUAUUGGCAUAUCUUUGCACAGUCUGCGUCGAGGUGGAUCGUUCUACCGUGUGCUUGUGUCGAAGGAGCGCCGGUUCAACUUUAAGGAGUUGAUGGCAUGGUGUCCCUGGGCCGAUGCUAAGACAUGCUGUGAGUACCUGAUCACUCAGCGCAUCAGCAACGAGAUUGACCCACGGAGUCUCCUUCGUACCGGUCUCGGUGAAAGUCAAGAGCCGUGGCAAUCGGACGUGUAA